AUGUCUGAAGAAACAUACGUCCGAACAUACGCAGAGGGGUUGUCACGAAUUGAUCGUGUCGUGGACGACUCCGGCUACGCAUUUACGGCUCUCGAUGUCGCUGAGAAAGGUCUCGCGAGUCUGGAGCCGAUCAAGAGUUAUUCGCAUUUGCUCUUUGUCAACGUUUCGAAGAACCAAAUAUCUGAUGCGUCACCUCUUUUAGAUCUUUCGUACCUUGUGUGCGUGGAUCUGUCAAAGAAUGUCCUCAAAUCAACGCCAGAUUUUCCACAGCCAUACUUGCAGUCGCUCGACGUCUCUGAUAACCAGAUCACAUCUCUUCAAGGCCUUUCGUCGGCCUCCUUGACAGUGCUCAAGAUUAAUGGUAACGGGUUGACAAGCCUCGUUGGUCUACAGAAUUUACCAUCCAUCAAAACAUUGGAAGCAGCUCGCAAUGAUAUCAUAGAUGUUGAAAGCCUUGCAAAUGAUACAGCGCCAAGGCUGGAAACGCUGCACCUGGAUGAAAAUAAAAUUACGACGAUUAUGGGCAUUGAAACUCUGCAAGAGCUAAAGACGCUCUCAAUUCAACAGAACUACAUUGAAUCUUUCGAAUCCAUCCAGCAACUGAGGCUUCUCACCAAGCUAACUUCACUUAAUCUGACCGGAAAUCCCGUGACACAAGCAAAAGAUUAUCGUGAAUCUGUCAUCUUGCUCGCACCAUUGCUUAAACACCUUGAUGGUGAAACACUUACUGACGAGGAUCGCUUUGCUGCAUUAGAGCUAAAGCGUCGGCGAGAGAUGGAGGCUAUGGAACAAGCUGAAGAGAAGUAG